AUGGCUGAUGAAACUACGGAUGUUUCAAACAGAGAACAGUUUGUGCUAGUUCUAAGACAUGUCGAUGAUGAUCUUAUAGCCCAUGAGUUGUUUUUUGGAUUGUAUAAAGUAGACUCCAUUGAUUCGGAUAUCCUAACAAAGAUAAUUGAAGACUGUCUUCUUCGUAUGAAUCUGUCUGUGAACAAUUGCCGUGGUCAGUGUUACGACGGAGCAAGCAAUAUGUCUGGUGCUAAGAACGGUGUCGCAAAGAAAAUCAGUGACAAAGAACAAACAGCAGUUUACACACACUGCUAUGGACAUGCUUUAAAUUUAGCUGUUGGAGAUACUGUUAAACGGUCCAAAAUCAUGCGCGACGCUUUGGAUACAACGUAUGAAAUGUCAAAGCUUGUGAAAUUUUCGCCAAAACGGGAUAGUUUGUUUGAAAGAUUGAAACAGGAGCUUGCUCCUGAAACACCGGGGUUCAGAACAUUGUGUCCGACGCGUUGGACUGUAAGGGCAAACAACCUGCAAAGUGUUGUGGAUAAUUAUGAAGUGCUGCAGGAUCUUUUGGGGGAAUCUUAUUCAUCAGUAAAGGAAACUGAUACGGGAGCUAGGAAUAAAGGUGUAGACGCGCAGAUGAAAUCUUUUGACUUUCUGUUUGGUGUUAUGCUAGGACAGUCAGUUUUGGCUCACACGGACAAUUUAAGUAAAGCGCUACAGCAUCAAGAUCUCUGA